UCCCACAAUUGCAAACACGUGAGAAUGUCCAUAAGUAUGGAGCUACAAUUAUUUACAACGAUUAGUUCACAAGUUGCGUUCAAUCCAAUCGGACGUGUAUGAAAAUGAGUGCUAGAAUUAUAAUAGUGGGCGCUGGUGCAUCGGGUCUAGCAGCUGCUUCUUGUUUGUAUGAGCAUGGGCUAACCAAUUUGGUAAUCCUGGAAGCAACUGAUCGCAUUGGAGGUCGAGUCCACACCGUUCCGUUUGGUGGAAAUGUGAUCGAUUUGGGAGCCCAGUGGUGCCAUGGAGAAAAAAACAAUGCAGUCUACGAACUUGCUGGCCCUCUGAAUCUGUUGGAAUCGUCAGUCGUGUCCAGCAAGAAUGUACUGGUGAAAAAUACUGGUGAGAUCGUUCCGCAAGAAAUAACAAAUCGGUUGAUGGCUGCUGCUCAUGAAAUUAUGGAAUCAGAAGCCAUGAGCUCAUACGAUGGAACGUUGGGAGAUUUCUUCACUAGCAUGUUCUUGAAGAUGAUGGAUGACGAGAAGAUGAAAGACAUCGAUCGUGUCCUAGUGCAACAGUUUUUGAGAUGUUACCAGAGCUAUCAAGAAGGAUACAUUGCCACAGACUCAUGGUAUGACUUAAUUGCGUCAAGCUUGGAUGACUACGAUUAUUGCGAAGGAGAUCAAUCCCUGAGUUGGAUGGGGAAAGGAUACAAAUCUGUUCUAGAUUUAUUGUUGAAAAAGCACCCCGCACAAAACGCAGACCCGAUCCCAAUCGAGGACAAAAUUGUUUUCAACAAAACUGUAUCCAACAUCAAUUGGUCCAAAGUCCCUGACUACCCGGUGACGAUCAAAUGUACUGAUGGAACUAGCUUCGACGCCAACCAUGUGAUCGUGACAACUUCUAUAGGGGUUCUGAAGGAGAACAUCAGCACUUUGUUCACCCCCGAGCUUCCAACAAUCAAGCAAAAUUCAAUCCGGGGAAUCUACUUCGGUACAGUCAACAAAAUAAUAAUGGAGUUUGACGAACCAUUUUGGACCACCAUCGGAAAUACUUUUGGGUUGAUUUGGAACGCUGAAGAUCUGGAAAAACUUUGUGAGUCCAAAUAUGCCUGGACAGAAGGAGCGUCGGCCUUCUUCAAGAUCGAUCGGCAGCCUAAUUUGUUAGCUGUAUGGAUGAUCGGGAAGGAGGGUCGUCAAGCGGAACUCUUGGACGAUCGAGAUGUAAUCGACGGUAUGACGUUUUUGAUGAAGAAAUUUUUCAAAAACGAAGAGAUUCCGGAACCGGUGAAGAUUAUUAGAUCCAAAUGGUCAUCAGAUCGUAAUUUCCGAGGCUCGUAUUCGAGCUAUUCUUUGCGUACGGAGCAACUGAAAACGAGCUGCCGUGAUUUAGCCGUACCGCUAACCGAUUGCCUUGGAACUCCGGUAUUACUGUUUGCCGGUGAGGCUACCAACCAUGAGCAGUAUGGAACCGUCCACGGAGCAAUCGCAAGCGGAAGACGUGAAGCGGAUCGUUUGAUAAAAAUGUAUAAAAAAUAAUUCACUCCAAUCAAACCUGCAUGCAUGGAUUGGAACUACACUAUCGACAUUCCGUACAACCGUACAUCAAUUGCAUUGAUUGGUAAUAUAGUGGAUAUUGAGCUAUUGAAAUAAAUAUCGAGCAAUUUUUAA